CAGCUGUGCCAAGAUCGUGUGCCAAUGGAUUGUUUCGUUAAUUUGAAAAUGGGUCUACUGCUUAGCUUAGCUUCCAUCAGCGUAGUCUAAUCCCGAUCGGCCACCCGUACCUAUAAUGGCAUUUGGCAGCGACACCUAUAUGGCUAACUUUUUACUUACUAAUAUAGGGCAGCUGGCGGCGCGCUUUGUUGGACCAUCAGACGACGUCAAACCGCCAUCCAUUACUAACUAUCGCAACUGCAAUUGGAUUGUAGCCGACCCAAUACUGCUAGCGAAAGACGGUGUUUAUUUUGUUGGCGAUUGGUCGCGCUUGAAGCUGACGCGGGCCGAUCAACUUUUCCGCAUCAUCGAAUGUUCACGAGUGCCCCUUGAGCGUUCAACACUAACAUGUCCAUUAGAGUGCGCAAUUUGGACACACUGGCGGUCACAUAAGGGCGAUGCUAGAGAUCAGCAAACUUUUAAUAAAGUGGUAAAAAUUUUCGGCAUUCCUAUUUGUAUGGACGACGACGAUAAGCACGAGGUACUCGUCGAUUACAUUUUGGAGCAGUCGUCAGUCAACGUCUUUGAGUCGACCGUUGAUCACUUGUCAAUUAGCAGUGAUGAUAUGCGUUGUUUUCUAAGGACGAUUUCUAAACGUACCGUUGAUUUGACACCGGAAGCCUCGCUAUUGUUGCAAAAAUACUUUGUAACGGCGCGCUUCGCUCGGCCGGAAUGCCUAACCAAACAAGCGUAUGUGGUAUUGAAACAAUUUGCGGAGUCAUUUGCAAAACUUUGCUUCCGCCAUGAAGUGUUGCCUUGCGAUGUCGUUGCAGCUGUUUUCAUGUGCGAACGCUUCAUACGCAGCAUUUUUGGUGUGACCGAAAAUUCACCGCCUGCAUUUGAAUCACAUAAUUUUGUGGGCACUGUGGACGAGCACAUGGUAAAAUUUCAAGAUUGGCUUAAUGCUUAUAUAAAAAAAUAUGAAGAUAAAUAAUUGCCUGGCAUUAUCAGAAAUCGAGUACUUAAAAGGCCAAAAAAAAAAAAUUCAGUUAAUAAUAUUUUCUCAAAAAAUUACAUUUUAUUUUAGAAUCAUAUUUUAAUAACGUAAAGUUUACAAAUAGAUUAUAUGUAUGCAGGUAUACAUAAGUAUAUAUGUAUAUAUGUAUCAAUAAAUACAUUUAAGUAUAUGUAGUUUAAAAACUUUUGGCUCAACCAAGUGUACGACAAAAUAAUUGCGUUAUUGCAAAAACAUUAAUACACAUGAGUUUCCAACGUACAUAUACGUUUUUGUUCAGUUAUGUAAAAAAAAAUUGUCCAAAUAAAAAAUUGUGAAAAAAGCGAAGAAAAUUUCAUUGCAAAUCAUCGAAAAGGCACACAUGUGUAGAAACAUAUUCAUAUUUAGUUAGUUAAAUCGAUUGCUCAUUAGAUAUAAAUAUUUAUUACGUGGGCCUGAUGAAUGUCUGGUAUAAUUUUCAAUGUCCUUUAGAAAAAUUGAGCAAUAGUUACACUUCCUUAACGCUUAAGAAUAAUAAGUUAAACCUCAUUU